AUGCAAAUCUUUGUAAAAACACUUACAGGCAAGACCAUAACUCUUGCGGUCGUAAGCUCAAACACUAUUGACAACGUCAUGGAAAUGAUACAAGAAAAAGAAGGGAUCCCUCAAGACCAGCAAAGACUCAUCUUCUUCGGUACACAGCUUGAACAUGGUCGAACACUUGCGGAUUACAACAUCCAGGAAGAGUCAUCUCUUUACAUUGUGCAAAUGGGACGCAGAGUUUUGAGGGAUCCAGAUCUUUUUCAAGAAGAUGGUGGGAUGCGUAUAUUUGUCAAGACUUGUGCGGACAAGAACAGUGAGGACAAGACCAUCACUCUUUACGUGGAAAGCUCAGACACCAUUAAAGACGUGAAGGCCAAGAUUCAUGACAAGGAAGGGAUCUCACCGGACAGGCAUAUACUAGUUUUCGGAGGGACAAAGCUUGAAGAUGGUCGGACUUUAGCAGACUAUAACAUUAAGAAGGAAUCAACUCUUUACCUUGCGGUGCGUCUAAGAGAUGCUAUGCAAAUUUUUCUCAGGAGUCCUUGGGACAAGAUCAUCACUAUUGAAGUCAAAAGCAGUGAUACGAUUGACAACUUGAAGGCCAAGAUUCUUGACAAGGAAGGGACCGAAGUGAACCGGCAGAUACUUGUCUUCGCUGGUAGAUAUCUCAAGUAUGGUCAAACCCUAGCGGAUUAUAACAUUCAAAAUGAAUCAUUUAUUCACCUUGUGUGGAAUCGGAGAGAACCUUUCCAGGUUUUUGUCAAGACUACAAGUGGAAAGACCAUCACUCUUGAUGAAGUCCAAAGCUGUGAUACGAUUUACAACGUCAAGGCCAAGAUUCACGACAAGGAAGGGUACGCACUGGACCAGCAGGUGCUUCUCUUUGAUCGUAAACAGCUUGAAGAUGGUCGAACGCUUCAUGAUUAUAACAUUGCAAAACACUCAACUCUUUACCUUGUGGUGGUGCGUCUGAGAUUCCAUAUUUUUGUCAAGACCUUGACGGGAAAUAUCAUCAGUCUUGAUGGGUUCAAAAGCUGUGAUAAGAUUCAGAAAUUAAAGAAUAAGAUUUAUCACAAGGAAAUGAUUCCACCGGACCAGCAGUUGCUUGUCUUUGGUGGUAGAGAGCUUGAAGAUCGUCGAAGCCUUGGGAAUUAUAACAUUGUGAAAGCGUCAACUCUUUACCUUAUACAGCGUCCGAGAAGAACUAUGCGGAUUUUUGUCAAUACUUUGCCGAAAAAUCCCAUUCAUGGGUUUAAGACCUUCGCUUUUGAAGUGGCAAGCUCUCAUACGAUUGCGAGUGUGAAGGCUAAGAUUCGUGAGAAAGAAGGAAUGCGACCGGACUAUCAGAUGCUAAUAUUUGCCGGGGAAGAGCUUGAAGAUGGUCUGUCUUUAGAGGAUUACAACAUUCAGAAAGACUCUACUCUUCAGCUUAUUAGCCGUUACAACACCGUGGUGGAAGAAGCUUGUGACACAAGAAACGAUGGAAGCUCCAACGUUGACUUUCUGUUUCAGUAA